CUGAUGUCGUGAGAGGGUGAUUGAAAAUUGUUAACUUUAUUCUCAUUUUUUUUUUGGUUUCUUGAGAAAUUUAUUGUGUUAAAUAGAUUUUUGAUUUGAAGUUAAGAGUAUUCCUCUCUCAACGUUCAGCAGCGACAUAUUCUCGCAUAAGGUUGAAAGAAUUUGGUUGCGAACGAUAAGAUGACAGUUUAUUAGUUUGAUUCAUUAUAGACGGUGCAAAGUACGCAGAAAUGUAUCUUUCGAUUGGAUAUUCUGUGGUAUUAAUAUGUCUACUGGCAACUGGAACUGCGGCAGGUGAACGUAAAUUUCCACUGGAGUUCAUAUUCGGCGUUGGAACAUCGGCCUAUCAAAUCGAAGGCGGUUGGAAUGCGGACGGCAAGGGUGAAUCAAUUUGGGAUCACUUCGUACACAAUCAUCCGGAGAUGAUUCUGGAUGGAAGUACCGGUGAUGUUGCUUGCGACAGUUACAAUCAGUGGCAACAAGAUGUUGAAAUGGUGAAAGGGCUUGGCGUCGAUACCUAUCGAUUUUCUUUGGCGUGGACUCGGAUUUUGCCUUCUGGGAAAGUAUCUCCGAUCAAUCAGAAAGGAAUCGAUUACUACAACCAUCUGAUAGAUGGACUGCUGGCCGAAGGGAUCAAUCCCUCGAUCACUUUGUACCAUUUCGAUUUGCCUCAACAGUUGCAUGAGCAAGGCGGUUUUCUAACAUCUGAUAUUGUGGAACAUUUUGAGCAAUACGCUAGGGUAGCGUUUGAGAAUUUUGGGGACCGGGUUAAAAUGUGGACUACGUUUAACGAACCGUGGCAUAUUUGCGAGAAUGGUUACGGUCGAGAUGGAUUAGCCCCAGCUGUCAAUAACCCCGGCAUAGCUAGUUACAUUUGUGGCCACAAUCUACUGAAGGCUCACGCUGAAGCUGUCCAUCUUUAUCGGGAUCACUUCCAGCAAAGCCAAAAUGGAACCAUUGGCAUUUCACUGGAUGCUCGUUGGUACGAACCUGCUUCAGAGUCUGCAGAUGAUCGAGAAGCUUCCGAUUGGGCGAUGCAGUUUCAUCUCGGUUGGUUUGCCCAUCCAAUAUUUUCUUCCAAAGGAGACUACCCAGACAUUAUGAAGCAACGGAUUGCUGAGUUGAGCAAACAGCAAGGCUUCUCCAGCUCUAGAUUGCCGACGUUUACUCCGUUGGAAGUAGAUCGUAUUCGAGGGACGUCCGACUUUUUCGGGAUCAACACCUAUACCAGUAGAUUGGCUGGUAAAAAUGGAAAUAACAAUGUAGCAAACUACGCUGUUCCUUCCAAUGAUCACGACUCAGGAGUUGUGUUAACGAUAGACCCGAAUUGGCCAACGGCGGAGGUUCCUUGGUUAAAGAUAGUCCCAUUCGGCCUCAGGAAGUUACUCAACUGGAUCAAUGAACAGUAUGAUCGUCCCCUGACUCUGGUUACGGAAAACGGAGUCGGUACCAAAGCUGGUACUGUGGACCAUCAACGAGUCGACUAUUACAAUGGGUACUUGAAUGCUGUUUUGGAUGCCAUCGAGGAUGGAUGCGAUGUUCGAGGGUACUUCGCCUGGAGCCUGAUGGAUAAUUUCGAAUGGAGGGCCGGAUAUACUGGUCAAUUUGGUCUCUUCUAUGUGGAUUUCAAGAGCCCACAGCGUACUAGAAUUCCGAAAAUGUCGGCUAAGGUCUACAAGAACAUUAUUUUAUCAAGAAAAAUUGAUGAAACGUACCGUCCUAUGCCAGAGCAAGUUAUUCCGGUAGUUCCGGAUUUGAGUUGUCUCUGUCCCAGUCCCAGAACAGUAUUGGUAGGAUUUAUAAUCAUUGUGAUAGUGCGGAAGUUAAUUUCUAAAUAAUAUUUCUAGAAUGUUGCUUAAAAUUUGCCGUAUUCGAAUACAAUCGUCGGGAUUCAAUAAAGUUAUUUUAUUUCCU